ACAUCCCAACACCCAUCCUCCCUGUUCAUAAAACCCAAAAAUUACAGUCGGGUAAAAAUUAACAGAGAGGUCAAAUCCAUUUCCUUAAUUAAUCUUAUAUUUAUAUAUUUGUUAAAUUCCAUUCCGAAACAAAACCAAAAUCCCAAAAGAAAAGAAAAACAAAGGAAGAAAGAGCGAAGGAGAUGAGAUUUUAGAUUUAAAAACUCCUUUUUUGUUUUUCUCUAUAAAAAUGGAAAAAAGAAUUUAAAAUGUCGUCUUCCCUCAUCUGAAAAUACCAGCUAAUACCAUUUACUCCUCUUCUGCCGCUAUUCCCUCCCCCUUUCUCUCCUCUCCGCCGCUGCCGUCGCCAUCAUCGUCGCCGGCAGGCCACCGCCUUCCUCCCCUAUUCUCUCUACCUAAUUUAUAACCUCCCACCCACGAACCCCACCAUCUUCCCACCUCCUCCAACAAAUUCGAACGCAAAAUACAUUUUUAUCUGAAUAACCAAAAAUUGAAGAAGAAAAAAAACGGCUUCUUCUUCCUUACUAAUCCCUACUGCUCGUCUCUCUAAUUAAGGAAACUAAACAGCAACCCAACUACCCAAUUUCCCAAUGAAGCGGUUGAAGAGCUACUACAGUCAUUUCCGGCCCCACCAGGGUGCGUCGGCAGACCGGCGGCGCUGGAUCUUCCCACUGGCGAUCGGCUCCCUGUUCUCCCUCUUCCUCCUACUCCUCACCACCGUUUCUUCCCCCGCCGGGGUUUCUAUCUUUCCCUUCUACCGCUCAAUCUACUCCUUCAGCUCCAAAUUCGUGGAGCCCAAGCUGCAGCCCUUGCCGGUCUCUACUCUCCCUCCGCCGCCGCGGUUCGCCUACUUGAUCUCGGGGUCAAAGGGGGAUGGGAACAUGCUCAAAAGGACUUUGCUGGCUCUCUACCAUCCCAACAACCGCUACGUCGUGCACUUGGACGCCGAAUCGCCGCCGGAGGAGCGCGCGGAUCUGGCCGAUUUCGUUCGGGAUCAUAGGGUUUUCGUGAAAUUCGGCAAUGUGAAGAUGAUCACCAAGGCAAACCUCGUCACUUACAGGGGGCCGACCAUGGUGGCCAAUACGCUUCACGCUGCUGCAAUCUUGCUCAGGGAAGGGUCCGAUUGGGAUUGGUUUAUCAAUCUCAGCGCCUCCGAUUACCCACUCGUGACUCAGGACGAUCUGCUGCACGUGUUUUCCUAUCUGCCGAGGGAUCUUAAUUUCAUCGAUCAUACAAGCGACAUUGGCUGGAAAGAGGUUCAGAGGGCAAAGCCGAUUAUAGUCGAUCCUGGGUUGUAUAUGAAUAAGAAAUCUGAUGUUUUCUGGAUAACACAGCGGAGAAGUGUGCCGACAGCUUUCAAGCUCUUCACAGGUUCUGCAUGGAUGGUGCUUUCUCGGCCAUUCAUCGAUUACACGAUCUGGGGUUGGGACAAUUUGCCUCGAACAACCCUAAUGUACUACUCAAACUUCAUAUCAUCCCCAGAAGGCUACUUCCACACAGUCAUCUGCAAUGCCCUCGAGUUCCGCAACACAACUGUAAAUAGUGACCUCCACUUCAUCGCGUGGGACAACCCUCCGAAGCAACACCCUCACCACCUGACUAUCGCUGACAUGGACAAAAUGGUUGAGAGUAACGCCCCAUUUGCUCGGAAGUUCAGGCAGGAUGAUCCUGUCCUCGACAGAGUAGACUCAGAGCUCCUGUCAAGAGGUCCCGGCAUGUUCACUCCUGGUGGCUGGUGCAUUGGGAGUCGAGGGGAGAACGGAACUGAUCCCUGCUCCAUCAUCGGUAACACCACAGUUGUCAGACCGGGCCCUGGAGCGAAAAGACUGGAAACGCUGAUUGGGUCUCUCCUAUCCACUGAGAAUUUCCGACCAAGGCAGUGCAAAUGAUGAAAAAAGAAAAGAGUUUGAUAGCAUUUAUCGAGCAUGUCAGCAUACUGGGUACGGGGAACGAACGGUAAGAUGAAGCUGAAUGUACACUCGAAUUCACGGUGUUAUACAUGGUGAUGGAAGGCUAUGGCGAGAAGGAACUAGGAAGAUACAGCUGGGAUUUACUUCUGCACAUUGAUUAUCACGGUAAAACCCAUUCAUACCCUGUUACUAGUCACCCCUAGAACUUGCUUCUUUUUUUGGUUUUCGGUGUGGAAUUAUUGAUAUCUUCCAUGUUCAAGAUCAUUUCCUCCCCCUGUAACAUUAGCAAUGAAAAUCGAGAUUGGUGCUGAAUGAAAAUGAAUUGGUCCAGAAAGAGGAAGGGUUCUAAUGUAAGGUCUGUCACUGUACUGUCAUGUUACUACAUACACAUCUUGGUUGGUAAUCCGUUUGCCAGAAAAUGCAGGCUGGAAUUCUAUCCUCUUUUUGGGUCUUUAUCUAUCUUCCAUCCCAAACGCGCUCGCACCAUGGCAAGGCGGGCAGUUGUUGUAGUUUAGAGGGUUAAGCUGAUUUGCAGGAAGUGCAUCAGCGGGAAUCUAGACACAGCUGAACCAGAGAUUGAGGUCACGGGUUGUAGUAGCAUACAAAACAAACUGUUUCCUUUCUAUAGGGUUGUUAAAGGGAUUGAAUGUGUACGUAAUGGGUGAUAGACAAAUGACAAAGAUCUAUGCAUAUGAUAUAUACAUGACAUAUACUAACUCUUCAUUCAGAAAGAUUCUCAUACUUUUUCCUUUUUAAUGAAGAUUCUUAUAUUUCACGAGGCAUCAUAAGAAUAGAUCUCUUAAAAGACAAAAGAAGCUCUUUUUAUUUUAAAAUAAAUUGUAAACAAAAAUAUGAAAUUUUCUAGCCUUUAUAUUCGUUUCCCUCCUUCCCUCUGCAGAAGCAGAACCCCUCGCUCUCUCUCUCCCUCCUUCGUUCGUGUUCGUUCUUCCUCACCUAUCAAAUUUGAAUAAGAAAAGGAAAGGCAGGAAGGGGGGAAAAAGAAGGGCAGUCCUCCUUUUCUUCUACAGGUGUGUUCUUCCUUUCUUUCUUGUUUUCUCCUCUCAACUGAAACAAGAAGUCCAAAGCAUAAAGAAAUGGGGUCGGAAGGCGAGAUGGCGAGGAAACCCAGAUUCCUGUGCCUGCACGGGUUCAGGACCAGCGCAGCAAUCUUGAAGAAGCAGCUCACCAUCAAAUGGCCGGAAUCCGUCCUCCAGAACCUCGAUCUAGUCUUCGUCGAUGCCCCUUACCCCGCCGAGGGCAAAUCAGAGGUCGAAGGGAUCUUCGACCCUCCUUAUUACGAGUGGUUCCAAUUCAACAAGGAAUUCACGGAGUACAGGAAUUUUGAAGAGUGCUUAGCUUACAUAGAGGAAUUAAUGAUCCAGCAUGCUCCCAUUGACGGCCUUCUCGGUUUCUCACAGGGAGCAAUUCUGUCGGCUGGACUUCCAGGUCUGCAAUCCAAGGUUAGAUUUCCUUCCACGUUUUCCAAAAAUGGUUUCCAUGUGCUGUGUGCUGUUGGGUUUGUUACGAAAACUGUAUUAAGUAACGAUAGUUCGAAAACGAGAGACUAGGAUUGUGAUAUAGUCGCCUAUUGCAAUGAAAAUGAGCAGGGUUUGGCGCUGACUAAAGUGCCGAAGAUCAAGUUUCUGAUAAUAGUCGGAGGGGCGAAAUUCAAGGCAAAAUCAGUGGCCGACGACGCUUACGCUUCUCCCAUACAAUGUCCAUCCCUCCACUUUCUCGGGGAGCUGGAUUUUUUGAAGCCAAAUGGUAAGGAACUGCUGUUACAUUGUGGAGAUGCUGUGGUGGUUCAUCACCCUAGGGGACAUACCAUUCCCAGACUUGAUGAAAAGGGGCUGGCAACGGUGAACGGCUUCGUUGAGAGGAUCCAAAACCUGGUGAAACAAGAAGAAGGGAAGAACACCCCAGGCCCCAACAAUGAUUUUUACGUAGGGACUGCUUGAUUAGUUGGAGGAUACAUAUGAUUGUUCUUCAUCAUUUUUAUGUAUUGUAUUUGUAUGUCCGAUUACAAUAAAGCAGAUGAAGGACCAAUUAUAUGUACUAAUCAGUUUAUCAAACCGAUGGAAAUCCCAAUAAUGCCGGUACGAAUAUUACACUGAAUUCACUCGAAUUGAUGAAAACUAGUAUGUUCAUUAGGUUGCUUAGUGUGAUAGUAUUAACAUGAACGUCAUAUAAGGUAACAAAAUUUGACUUUAGUUUAUAGAUUGUUAUGUGGAGUUUGGU